AUGGCCAAGGUCGCUCUCAUCACCGGUGGCACCAGUGGAAUCGGGCUUGCAGUUGCCAAGGACCUGAUCCAGACCGGCAGCUGGCAGGUCAACAUUAUCGGCAGCAACGAUGAGCGAGGCCAAGAAGCAGCAGCUUCCCUCCCCGAUGUCACAUUCUACCAAGCCGACGUGCGAGAUUACCAACAACUAGCAACUGUAUUUGACCAGAUCUUCAAUGCGACUGGCCGAUUGGACUUUGUUUUCGCGAACGCCGGAAAAGCAGACUACACCGAUUUCUUCGCUGAAUCCGAGACCGGCAUCCCGCCCGAACCAAGUUCCGAAGUUGUCGAUAUCAAUUUGAAUGGCGUUCUAUAUACCAGUUACCUUGCGAUGCACUAUUUCCGUCGCUCGCCGGAGUCAACGAAAGGGCAUAGAAAUUUGAUACUCACGUCGAGUAUCGGGGGGCUAUAUCCCUGCAUGUUAACCCCGGUAUACUCCGGUACUAAACAUGCGCUUAUUGGCUUCACUCGUUCUGUCGGAGAGCGACUUUGGGAAGAGGGAGUCCGGGUUAACGCUUUGUGCCCUGGGGUAGUGGAAACGCCCCUCUUAGCCGCUGAGAAGUUUUACACGAUCUUCCCGCGCGAAAUAUUUAUCCCUAUGGACGUCGUAAGUGGUGUAGUAUCACAACUACUGUCUGGGGAGGAUAUGGUAGACGCCAAAGGGAUGCGCGUCGCUGGUGAUGAGAUGCAUUCCCGGGCUGUUCACGUUUCAGGAAAGAGCUUCCUUUUUAUUGAAAAGCCCGACAUUUAUGAUGAGCAGACUCGGAUAACUUGGGCUGCAAUGAUGGGGCAUAAAUAA